GAUCGGAGGAGGAUAAGGAAGGAGAUGGCCGAGUAAGAGGCAACCAUACCAUUGCUACUGAAUUGGCGAGAUUCCUUUUACUCAACACAUCUUCACGUUUGAAGUGGGAAGAGGACGUUUCAAAUAUUUCCGCUCUUCUUCCACAAUGGCAGAACAAAACGGCAACGUUAGAUAUCAAGAGCUGGUGAAUGAGGAGGAGCCGACCCAGCCGUCCCAGGAGGGACCUGCCCAGGACGCACCGCCUCCCUACAGCAGCAUCGCUGCAGCGAAUGCAGCUUUCUUUGAAUACAAGGAAGAUGGAGCAAGAUUUCCAAACCCUCCGUCCUACAGUGUGGCCACCACUUUGCCCUCCUAUGAUGAAGCCGAGCGCAACAAAGAAGAGGCAGCCAUCCCUCUGGUCCCUGGAAGAGUCACGGAGGACGACUUCGUGGCCAGGGAUGACUUUGAAGACGCUGACCAGCUGCGAAUAGGAAAUGACGGCAUCUUCAUGCUCACUUUCUUCAUGGCAUUCCUCUUCAACUGGAUCGGGUUCUUCUUGUCGUUCUGUUUGACCACAUCAGCCGCCGGUCGAUACGGGGCCAUCUCUGGCUUCGGUCUGUCCCUCAUCAAAUGGGUUCUCAUCGUCCGGUUUUCUACCUACUUCCCAGGUUACUUUGAUGGACAGUACUGGUUGUGGUGGGUGUUCCUGGCCCUGGGCUUCAUGCUGUUCGUCAGAGGCUUUGUUAACUACUCUAGAGUGCGUAAGCUGGCUGACCCCACCUAUGCCACUCUCCCCCGAACAAGGGUGCUCUUCAUCUACUAGAGGGCAUCGUCUGUGGCAGAGCUGGACGUGACCAACCUGAGCAGCAGCUCUGUGGAGAGUGAAGUCAGCCGGACCACUUGUAGACGAAGACGACUCUCGAUGAGAUAUUCAGGAAUUAUAUCACUUCUUUUAUUUUUUGUUUUGAAACUUUAUUAAUGGAAAAUGGUUAACGGUAAUAUUCCCUUGAUGUACUCAUUCGUGGCGAAUGUUAAGUGCUAUUUACGUCUCUGUCUAUAUUGUGUAAGUAACGCCUUAUAUCAUUUGAUGGCAGCGUACGAGCAUGCAUCAGCCCUUAAGGUCGAUAAAUAGGGAGCGUCUCAUGUUGGUGACACUUGAAGCCAACAGGUCAACACAACAGGUAGGUUUGCCACAGCAUGCAACACACUUUGUAAUCUGCACUAAUCAUAGUUUUAUUGUGACGACUAUUGGCUGUAUUUAGAUCCCACAUACACUUAAAAAGCAAAGACUUCAUUGGGCUGUAAAUGCUGUUAUUUCACUCACCUGUUGGCUUUAAGUAGUGUUGCCCUUUUCUUUUUAACCAAGAGGGGGCAGUGUUGUUUGCUGCUUUUAACGUGUGAGAAACUGCCCAUUAAGGGCACGGUCAUAUUAAAACACACAUGCUUGUGAUUGAAACACGGUGUCAGUAGAGCACAUUAAAAUGUACAUCAUGUAUUGGUUAUGAUUUGCCUGUUAGAUAUUUAGUUGUACAUUAAAUCAGGUAAACUACCAACCCUGGGAAAUGUAAUUUAGGUUACAGAUAUGAUCCAGCGUGAGCUUUUCAUAAUGAAACCAGAUGACUAAACGGUAACGGGACGAACCCUGCAGCCUUAAGGGUCGACCGUGUGUUUGGACAGCAGAGGAUUUUUCUGGGCGUGUGAGCACAUUUUCUGGUUCGUGUCCUCAGAAAGCUCAUGUAGAUGUAACAGCCUGACCUUUCCAUGGCUCUUCAGCGAGUCGGCAUCUCAUUCAUUGUCAGUGGAAAAGCUCUGUGACCUGAUUAAAAAUACAAAAAAAAAAAAAAAAGGCUGUCUGGGUUUCUGCUGUUGAUCUCGCUCAGACGUUUGGAUCAAAUUAUCUAAAAGCUGAAAAUUAACUCAAAUUCCAUUUUUUCAGGUAGGUUUUUGCCGUGAGAUUUAAUGGACAGACGGGAAAGAGAAAUGUUUUUCCUUUCUUUGAACAUGAUUAAUACGGUGUAAGUUGUUUGCUAUCUUGUGGGUAUUAAAACUAUAUCAAAGAAUGUUGUAUGCAGGUGCACUUUUAGAAACAUAGCUAAUAAAACCCAGAGGAUGUUCCCAUCAUUGGUCGAAGUCACAGACAUACAACACGGAAUGACUGACGCAGUGGCUUCUGUUUUGUAUUCUGGAGGAAACAGCACGACAGGAUGAGACAGUCGUUCAUGAUCUAACCACCCAUCAAUGGAAGGAGUUCAUGUGGGUUUUAGUCUGUUAACUUCAUUCUGCUGCCAUGGCUUUGAUAAAACACCCAUCAUGCUUAUUUCUAUGUGAUGUAGAGCUGCAACCUUGAGGUUUUGUUGUUAUUAAACUGUACAGACAAUGUUUAGUGUUAAAUAAAUGUCACUUUUAAUGCGUC